AUGCCACCUCACAUGGAGUACUUUUACCACGAGUCCCGGGUCCCUUCCGCUUGCAUGCUGACACGGGAUGAUGAGCUGGAGGAGCCCGGCGUCAUCAGCUGCAUGCUGGUGGGCGACGGCGCUGUGGGUAAGACCAGUAUGAUCGUCAGCUACACCUCCAACGGAUACCCGGUGGACUACAAACAGACUGGCUUUGACGUUUUCUCCGGUCAGGUCCAAGUGGACGGAUCCCCAGUCAGAGUGCAGUUGGUGGACACUGCAGGACAGGAGGAGUUUGAUGAGUUCCGAUCACUGUCCUACUCGCACACAGAUGUAUUCCUGUUGUGCUUCAGCAUGGUCAACCCCGCCUCCUUCCACAACAUCACCAAGAAAUGGGUGCCCGAGAUCCGCGCCUGCAACCCCACCUCGCCCAUCGUCCUGGUGGGCACGCAGUCGGACCUGCUGCUGGAUGUCAACGUACUCAUUGGCUUGGACCGCGCCAGUGUCAAGCCCGUGGCAAGCUCUCGGGCGCAAGCCAUGGCAGAGAAGAUCCGGGCGGUGGAUUACGUGGAGUGCUCGUCACUCACGCAAAAGAACUUAAAGGAGGCGUUCGACGCCGCCAUCUUCGCCGCUAUCGAGAACAAAGCACGGCAGGCCAAGAAAAGGCGGUCGUCGGACAGGCGCACCAAAGCCUUUUCCAGGUGCAGCUGGAAGAAGUUCUUCUGCUUUAUCUGA